GCGGGCUGCGGAGCUCCUCCUCCCCGUGCCUGGGGCCGCGGCUCGGCUCACUGCGGCGGGCUCGCGUCGGUAGCCGCCGAACCGGCUCCGCUCUGCCGCAGGGGCCGGGGGCGCCUGUGCCCCGCACCGCCUUGGGCGUGGGGCUGCCCGGCCCCGCUGCUGCUGAGCGGGAGGGGCGCCCCGCCUGCGCGCCGAGCUCGCUGGAGCGCCCGGGGGGGACGCAGGCGGCCAGGCAGGGCAUCCCCCUGCCCCGGGAGCCGGCUGCUGGCCGCCGGGAGCCACCCGCCUCAGGCUCGGCGGCCCCUAGCAUCGCGUCCCGGUGCAACGCGCCUGCCGCUCGCAACCCCCGCCCGCCGUCCCGCGGAUGCGAGCCCCAGCAGCCUGCGCCGGGGGACCAGCCCGGCUUCCUGAUGGAGAGAUUGAAAAGAAAUAGUAAUCUUCUUGGUUUGCAGACCGUGGGCAACAUGGAACAGCCAUUCACUGUUAGUUCAUUGAAAAAGUUAGCAGCUAUGCCUGACCACACAGAUGUUUCCGUGAACCCAGAGGAGCGAGUACGUGCCUUAAGCAAGCUUGCAUGUAACAUCACAAUCAAUGAGGAUAUUACGCCACGUCGUUACUUUAGAUCCGGAGUAGAGAUGGAGCGCAUGGCAUCUGUAUAUCUGGAGGAAGGAAACCUGGAGAAUGCUUUUGUUCUUUAUAAUAAAUUUAUAACCUUAUUUGUAGAAAAGCUGCCCAGUCACCGAGACUAUCAGCAAUGUGCAGUACCAGAAAAACAGGAUAUCAUGAAGAAACUGAAAGAGGUUGCAUUUCCAAGGACAGAUGAAUUGAAGAAGGAUCUUUUAAAGAAAUAUAAUGCGGAAUACCAAGAAUAUAUGCAAGACAAAAACAAAUGUAAAGCUGAAUUCUUAAAGAAACUGGAGCAGCAGAGGUUGAUAGAAGCAGAAAAGAAGAGAAUUGCGCAGAUGCGACAACAGCAGCUUGAAACAGAGCAGUUUCAGUUCUUUGAAGAUCAGCUUAAGAAGCAAGAACUAGCCCGAGAUCAGAAAAUUAAAGAGAAUAUGGUUAUGUCUGAACAGACUGAUGGAAGUGUGUUGUCUUGCAUUUCUAUGCAUCAGAAUAACUCCGUAUCUACCACAUUUUCUGGGAAAGCCAGUAAGAGUGAUGCCUCUGUUUCUGCUGGACAGUCUCCUCCAGUAAACCAGGCCUUAAAGCCAGCAGCCACUUUAAGCACUGUUCAGAAUCAAGUGACUGAAGCACUCCGAGGUGUAGUUUUACCCACAGAUCUUUGUCACAAAUUUCUGCUGCUAGCGGAGGCAAAUACAGUAAGAGGAAUAGAGACAUGUGGAAUUCUCUGUGGAAAACUGACACAUAAUGAAUUUACUAUUACCCAUGUAAUAGUGCCAAAGCAGUCUGCAGGACCGGAUUACUGCGACAUGGAGAAUGUGGAAGAAUUAUUCAGCAUUCAGGAUCAACACAAUCUCCUCACUUUGGGGUGGAUCCAUACGCAUCCAACACAAACUGCAUUCUUAUCCAGUGUUGAUCUUCAUACUCAUUGUUCUUAUCAGCUAAUGUUGCCAGAGGCUAUUGCAAUUGUUUGUUCACCAAAACAUAAUGACACUGGGAUCUUCAGACUUACUAAUGCUGGCAUGCUUGAAGUUUCUGCUUGUAAAAAGAAGGGGUUUCACCCACAUACUAAGGAACCUAGACUAUUUAAUACCUGUAAACAUGUAGUUGGGACAGAAACAAAAAUAAUUGUGCUGGAUCUGAGGUGAUGCUGAUGGAAGAUAAAUGGCCUACCAAACAGAUGCCCCAAGUAGAAAAAUGGCUGCUGGAUUUUCCAAUGAUGUUUUUCAGCAAUUACUGAUGUUUUAUAUUUAUACAUUUUAGAUUUAAUGGUUUGAUAUUUAUUGCUCUUGCCAUUUUCAAGUUAUUUUGUUCUGUCAAGACAGAGUUCACAGUGAAUUAAAACAAAAGCUGUACAUGUAUCUGAAUAACACGAUACAACAAUAAAGUGAGCUUCAAACAACAA